AUGUGCGGAGCGACAGGAUCGGCCAAGAGCUCUACUUUGAACACGUUGAUGGACAAGAACGUCGCGCCUGUUGACGGAAUGGCCGGUAAGAACAUCUUGCCGUAUGCUUGCACGGCGGCUCCUAACUUCAUAUCCUAUCACGACAAGGACACUAUCGAAGGUGAAAUCGAGUUCUUGACCAGGAACGACUGGCAAGAUGAGCUCUCGGUCCUGCUGAAUGACCUGAAGGAUGAAAGAGGGAAUCUGCGGCCAGCCUCAAUCUCUACCGCGAAAGCUGCGCAUGCGAAGGCACGUACGGGUAACGGUUCCCCAUCAUCCCGGCUGACUUCGCCCCCUUUACAGGUUCAGGCGGUCUAUCCCGACCUCAUGCUAGACCAAAUCGCAACAAUGACGGUGGAGGGCAUCAUCGCCCAUGACCCAGUAACUGCGAAGCUGUUGGGUUCAACAAUCCAUUUGAGCGCUUCCAGCGCGGAUCGAUGGCGAUCGGAGAUCGGACCUUACGUCUCCGCUAAGCCACCUCUCGCCACCGCGGACGAACGACGACGCGCUAGGAAGGUACCGGAGGGCCAGAGGCCUGUACAGCGCUCCGCGGCGCUGUGGCCGCUCGUCAAGUGUAUAUACACCCGCGUCAAGGCGGACGUGCUCGCGAACGGCGUGGUUUUUGUCGACCUUCCUGGUGUCUCGGACACGAAUGCGGCACGGGAGAAAUUGGCGAGAGACACCAUGAAGAUCUUCAAUUAUACGUUCGUAUUGGCGCCGAUCACCCGUGUAGUGUCCGAUAAAGUUGCAGACCUACUCGGCGAUGCAUUCCGAUACCAAGCCAGAAUGGACGGCAAGUAUAACUCUCAGUCCAUCGUGUUCGUGGCGACGAAGUGCGACGAUAUAUCCUGUGAGGAGCACGUAUCAUCCCUAUCUCUCGAAGACGAUCAGCAAUAUCUCGCUCUUGAGGACGCCAUCCUCGAUUUGGAAGAUGAGAAGGCCUCCACUCGGAAUCAUGAUGCUUUAGAGAAGCGUAUUUGCGAUGCCGGUCCGAGAUGUUGUCAUGCCUCUCAAAAGUCUUCGAAUUUGUCGAAGGCAUGGCUGAAAGAGGACUUUCGGGCAGGUUUGAGGGAGCUUGAUGAUGAGGUAGAAGAGGAGCUCAAUCCUGAGACAUUCGAUCCUUCGGUACAGCAUCGAGAUUACUCAAAGAUCGAUCUCCCGGUGUUCACCGUUUCCGCUAGGGAUUACAUGAGAAUUACCGUACACCUACGUGGUCGCACUUUUCGAACGAAGCUCCACGCUCAGAUCGUCGAGUUUCUGUACAAUGUCCUGCAUGACGGCGCACAGAAGGCUUCUCGAUCCUCGUUACCCUUUGCUCAAGACUUCGGAAACAGGGUGCGAUGGAACACAUACAAGGCUAGUGAGUACCACCCGCCUCGAUUUCCCUACCUGCCGCUCGAUCAGCGAUGGAAAGCAGCUAUGGUCCGGGACGGCGUCUUCUACGAGAACCUCAACGCGAAGUUUGCUGGUCCGAUGUUAAAGAGGAUCGCAUCUCGGUGGGGGGAUGUAUUCGAAAUCGACCUGUUCAUUACCAUUGAGGCGGAGGGCGCCAAGGUCAUUACUCGAUUAAUUCAAGACAUCGAAUGCACAGCUUCUUCGGGUAAAGCCAAGGAACAUGUCAGAGCCAAUGGCGAACACUGCCUUCGAGAGGCCAAGGCUUCCCUGCAUGCUGCUAUCGGAGACGCCAAGGCACUUCUCUCCGCAGAGCAGCAGAAUAUAUCCAGAACCAUAGAGCCCUACGUUUGCAACUCCAUGCGAAGCACGUAUCAGCGAGCAGGAAUGGAUUCCUAUUUGGAGGUCAACUCGCAAAGUAUGUUUGAUGGUGCCGCGGAUGAUGUAAAGGCGCAAUUAGGCGGCGUGGUUGAUCAAGUGGAAAAGCUGAUGGAAGCCGCUUUGAUGCAACUUGCCAUGAAGGUCUGUGUUACGAUAUCGGCUCUCUGGGAAGGAUGUAUCAGGCGAGGCUCCGAGCCCCACCACCACCACAACUUCCGCAACCUCUCAACGUUCAUCCAAAGUCGUGGAUACGAAAAGACGACGCGGCUCUCUGCUGACUCGGUUCUCGCUCGGUUUGAGGAAAAGGCUACCUUUACAUUACUCGCUUCUCAUGGACUCAGCGAUUCCAAGGCGAAUCUAUGGAUGAUGUCAUGUCGCCUGGUAUCGGCGGUCAAGUCAAUGUCCAACAAGUGGGCUGUCAUCCAGGCCGACAACGGGAGGGUCCUUAGAAGUCGCACCGGGAGCCUGAUCCCUAUCGCACACCAACAUUGA